GUUCGUCAAUGGUUUGAUUGUAUGGAGGCUAAGCACUUUGUUCGCCAAAAAGCAAAUGAGAUUAAAACACAAUUGGUUGCUCUUUCUGCCCAGCAAACUUUAAAAGAACUUGACAAGCAAAAAAUAACUUUUACACGUUCAAAUCUGUCACAAAUUGCUUUAAAUCCUUCAACUCUUCGAAGUUUGUCAAAAUUGGGAUUUGAAAGAUUUCGUCAAGUAGUUGUUGGGUGUUUUGUUUGUAUGACAGCAAUUCGUAAAAAUAAGGUUAUAUUUUAUAUUAAGCGGAUAACAUGA